GGCAAUUGAAUAUAUAUCCCCACUCAUCUGUGUCUGUAUUGAAAUUUUCCCGACUCAAAUAUUCUCCGGCGGAUUUAGUAGAUAUCUGAACUCAUCUAUAUCUUUGUGGAAUUAUUGUUGACUUAAGUAUAUUGAAUAAUAUCCAUCCAAAUAACAGAAAUAAUCUUCAGUUAAUCAUCUAAUAUACAUCUGAACUCAUCUGUAUCUUUGUGGAACUAUACCCGACUUAAGUAUAUUGAAUAAUAUCCAUCCAAAGGAUAAAUUAUCUGCAGCUGAACCCACCUGUAUCUUUGUGGAGUUCUUCCCGACUUUCUCUAUCCGUGGUAAUUGAAUAUUUGAAUAUCUAAAUGCCAAAAGUAGUGAGCACCAUUCUGAGCAUAUUGAACCAGCCUAUCGAUGGCUGCCGUGAUAGGCCCAGAAAGGGGGUAAAGCGCCAGCAUGAACCGGGAGACGCAAUUGAGCGCGAGUUCGCACCGCCUCGCCAGAUGCGUCGCAUCGGGGACGCAACCAACGAGCCAGAUAAUGCUGAGACCGUGAUUGAAGAACAGAAAGAAACCGUUAAUACCAAUGCUGAGCAGGGCAGUGACGACGUGGACAAGGGUGAAACAAAUGCAGAUGCCGAUGUGGAGAUAGAGGCUGAACCAGAAUCACAACCACAACCGCAACCAGAACCAGAGCCAGAACCAGAGCCAAAGCCGGAACCGGAGCGAGCACCAGAACCAGAUGUGGAACAAGCCGUGGAGACCGCUGCAGAAGAGCAGGCAGCAGCGGGAGCUGGCGCAGAAGUUGCCGAAUCCGAUGUUCCGGCUACUACGGCUACUGAGACCGUUGCGGAUGUAAAGCCUCAAGAUGCCUUAUGGUGGAGCAAUAGCAAGGGCAUUGUGAAUCAAUCCAAUAAAGGUGCUCCGGAGACUGUAGGCGUCGAGCCGGUAGAGGUUGCCAAGAAGCUGAAAAAGAAGGCCAAGGCCGAUGCUAAAGCUAAGCCGAAGCGUCUGGCGCACAAGCGUCCAAAGGCUAAUAAUCGUAAGGAGGGGAAGAAGGGAUCUGAUGCAGAGGCUUCUGGCGAUCAAGCUAAUACAACCAAUGUCGUCAAAAUGAAGGCCGUCAAGAAACCAAGGCAGAAGAAGCCAAAGGCCAAGAAAUCCAAGCCAACCUUGCUUGUUGGUCGCAACAAGGCCAAGUUUGUCCCGGCUCCCAGGCGUCGUUACUCGAAGAAGACUAAUAAGAAGACCCUCCCUCGGGCAAAGCGUUCCAUUCAGCCCAUUGGAAAGCCGAAAUCCAAGCAAAUCAAGCAAAUCAAGCAAAUCAAGCAAAUCAAACAAAAGAAACAAAAGAAAAGGACUUAAGCCCAGAAACCGCGUAUACUGCCUUAUCGAUGUCUAUUCAAAAUUUUAACUGAGUUUCCUCUAAUCACUUCUAU